AUUCACACUCAAAUGGGAGAGACAUACUCUCAACUUGCAUGGAAUGUAAAAGAAAAAGAUUUGCAGAGAGUAUGCAGUUCAACAACAGGUUGAGCAACUCCAGAAGGAGACAUUGUUUCAUAAUCUGAAGAAUGGUAAUGACAUUACCCUUAUCAGAAAGAUGGUGAGUCAAAUUAAUCAUUGAUGAAACUAGUCAAGCUUGAUCCCAGUUUCACAAUCUUGAAUGUAUCCCGUUUCUUAUUAUCACAGCCACGAACAGAUGUGUUAGGCUGUUGGACUCUUUCACAAAGCUACUGACUCGGAUGAGAAGACUUAAGCUACAAAGUAUCUGAAUUGCAUAACGAAAACUGUUCUAUAGGCUUAUCCUCAUUUAGCUGAAUCAAGGUGCUGAGAAAUAUUUCAGUCUAGCUGAAGAGGAAGCUAUUCUAGAGAUAUGUGCAUAAAACCUUGUCCAAGAGCUUUCUAGUAAACACUUAGUAGUGAUUGGAUGCUUUUUCAGAAAUAGAAAACUCCACAGUUCCAAAUCAUCCCCCAGCUUUUAGAAAACGUUAGGUUUUAUAUCAGAAAUUUGCUGAGACUCUUCUUGAUGGAAAUGGAUUUGGUAUGAAUCGAGUAUUUCACAAUAUGAGUAAGCCAAAGUGUGGCCAACUAUUCAGCAUCAAAGCUUUGGAAGGAUCUUCGCGGCUUCAGAAAACACUUAUAUGUUGUGCUUGAAGCUCAGCUCAAUCUAUGUGAAAACUAUGACUCUCAUGGUAAUUUAGUGUCUUCAAAGAUUCAUGUCAUCUCUUAAGUAUCUGAAAUAACAAUACUGCUCAGUCCUCCAACCCGAAGAGGACAAAGAGUGUCUAGAUGGGUUGGCCUUGAGGAUGGCUAAGUCCCGGUUAAACACUUGCUUGAAGGCAGUGAACAUCCAGACUUGAGAAACACUGUAGAAAUAUUCUCCUUGUUUACAAGAAUAAUACAAAACUAGAAAUGUCAUUGUGAGUGCACUUUAAAUAAUUGGAGCCAUAAACUAUUCCAGCUAAUUAUAAUCGAGUGAUGGUGGUGUCAGCAGAGGAACAUGAGAAUUCAACUUUUGCAUAAAGACUACCAAAUUCUCUCUACCCUCACAAUGAGAUGGUUCAAUGGAUCCAUAAAACUUUUAUGCAACAAUUUACACUUGUUGUAUCUGUACAAAUGCUCAAUCCUCGUGCUACUCUGCUGAUGCCACCAUGGUGGAAUUAUAAUC